AUGCAACGAGCCAAUCUAAUCCUAACGACAAUUUUCGCCAUUUUUUUCAUCUUCCACACCACAGAAGCACGAUUCGAACGAGUUGGAUUCGUAAGGUUUGGCGGGAAUUCAAACAAUUGGAUUCCGAAAAAAAAAGAAAAUUUCAGUGACCCAGUGAAGCUACUUCUGCAGGACAGCUAUUCUUCUCUGAAGAAUCGAAUGUACAGCCAGAAGUUAGACGGAUGGAAGAAGCCAACCUCCUUCAGACAGAUCCGCAAACGAAAAUACACGGCUUUCCCGCCUACAUUCUACAGUAGUUUCGAUAUCGGGGCAAUUCCAUUCAACAGCCGUCGAAGUGUUCUUCUCCCAUACAAUGACUUGCUUUUCUCGGGAAGAAAAUAG